UGUCCUAAGAAUCAACGAAACGUCGGUUGGACAGAGCUCCUAUCCUGCGACUGCCUUCGAUUUGCACUUUGUUCUAUAAACUCGAAAAAAGAAAACCAAAAAUAGAAAAGAGCAGCCCCCGACAAACUACUCCGGUUUUCUUCCAAUAUUUCUGGGUGCUACCAAUUUUUUUUUGGUUCGGGGACACAAAAAGAAGAAGCAAAAGCUUUAUACGACCAAAAGAGAAAGCUUUGUUAAAGAGAUGGCAGACAAUCAAGAUUUACCUGAGGCAACUGUUCAAAACAUACUGGAUCAAGAGAGCCUAAAAUGGGUUUUUGUUGGUGGCAAAGGAGGUGUGGGUAAGACCACUUGUAGCUCGAUUCUUUCGAUCCUCUUGGCUCGGGUCCGAUCGUCUGUCUUGAUUAUUUCCACGGAUCCUGCUCAUAAUCUCAGCGAUGCUUUUCAACAAAGAUUCACAAAGACUCCCACUUUGGUCAAUGGCUUCAACAAUUUAUAUGCCAUGGAAGUGGAUCCUAAUGUGGAAAAUGAAGAUGUGGGUGGACCUGAAGGAAUGGAUAGUUUAUUUUCUGAGUUGUCAAAUGCAAUUCCAGGAAUUGAUGAGGCAAUGAGCUUUGCAGAGAUGCUUAAAUUGGUGCAAACAAUGGAUUAUUCUUGCAUUGUAUUCGACACUGCUCCUACUGGACAUACACUUAGGCUUUUACAGUUUCCAGCUACAUUGGAGAAGGGACUUGCAAAAAUGAUGUCAUUGAAAAGCAAAUUUGGUGGCUUAUUAAGUCAGAUGAGCCGCCUUUUUGGGGUUGAUGAUGAAUUUGGGGAAGAUGCAAUUUUGGGGAGGCUUGAAGGCAUGAAAGAGGUGAUUGAACAAGUUAAUAAGCAAUUCAAAGACCCAGACUUGACAACCUUUGUCUGUGUUUGCAUUCCAGAGUUCCUCUCUCUCUAUGAAACAGAGAGACUGGUGCAGGAACUCACCAAGUUUGAGAUCGAUACACACAAUAUUAUCAUUAACCAAGUAAUUUUUGAAGAUGAAGAUGUUGAGUCCAAGUUAUUAAAAGCAAGAAUGCGGAUGCAACAAAAGUACCUUGAUCAGUUUUACAUGUUAUAUGAUGACUUUCACAUCACUAAGCUGCCUCUGCUGCCAGAAGAGGUUACUGGGGUUGAAGCUCUCAAAGCAUUUUCACAUCAUUUUCUUUCACCAUAUCAACCAUCCAGCACUAGAGGAACAGUUGAAGAACUGGAGCAAAGAAUAUCCAUGUUAAAGCAGCAGGUAUCAGAUGCUGAAGCAGAACUUGAGAAACUCCAAAAAGGAAAAGAAAAGGUCUGAUUGCUGUAUAUGACUUCAUAUGGCCCUUUUCCUUUUGGCUAUUCAAUCGGCCACAAGAUAAUAUCAUGUGGCAUCCUCCUCGCUAGGCCGAAAGAGAAUUUAGCAUUUUAUUUUGUUGCUGGAUAAUGCUACUACAUAGCAUAAUUUAUUUUAGAAAAAUUCUUUACAACACUUCAUUACAAUUGACAUGCAUAUCACGUUUUUAAGGUAUUCCUUUUUGCUGCUUGGCAUAAGAUGAGAUUCAAGAUUUGGUUGUAAUACUUAAAUACCUGGCUGGCAUGGAAUUUCUAUGAAUAACAGGUACUCAUAAAGAUCGUUA